UGAAAACUUUCCAGACUCUUAAAUCUUCUCGGAGGCCUUCACUUUUCCAGCACCACGGAAGCGAUGAUGUUUCUUUGUGGUUUUUCCCCUCAGGCUGAGCUUGUCACAAAGACAACAUGACUGAACUCUGAAUAUAUGCAAAUCAUUUACCUGGUCCGCCAGGUAAUUGGCGAGCAGUCAACUGCACACAGGACAGCGGGGCAGUCUUUAACACUUGUCUAGUUUGCGUUUAAGCUUUUUUUUUUUAAGUUGUUUUAAGUCUGACUCAAAAAUUAAACUGCACUUCUCUUUGAAUGUGGCUUCUUGUUGGCCACUUGAGAAUAUAGCUUUAUUGUUUUAACGCUCCUGUUUAAUUGCUGCUCCCAUAACUUUGUAAAUCUUUAAAACCCUUGAGGAUUGAAUAUUUAUAUAUAUAAAAAAAAAAUUCCCAGCUAAUCUUUCCUGACCGAUCUGGCUGAGUAACACAAACAUUACAUUCUUGGCUCUGAUUGGACGCAACUCAAGCAUUGAAGGAUUUGCAUAUAGCAGGCUGUAACACACAAGCCUCUGCACCGCAGGACUUUAAAGAAUCCAGCAGAGAACAGGACUACAAGCUCAGACUGAAGUAACCUGGUUAAUAUGGAAAAUACUGAAAAAGCACCAGACAGUUCUCGUCAACAUUUGAACCCCGAAGCAUCAGUCAACCAAAUAUUGCUUGCUGGUCCACAUCAUGAUAGAUUCAUGCCAAGCAGUUGCAUGGAUGCACACUAUUUCUGCCAGAAAAGCCCAUGUACAGUUGGACAAGUGAACCAGGAGUUCAGUCAGCCUGCUUGUGCUGUGCAGCAUAAAGCGCUGAUGCAGCACAGAGAGCCAGAAGGUAGAGGUGCGAGUCCUGCCAGGAUGAAUCUCCAUCAUCAGCCUCUUGGUGGCUGCUUCCCUCGUCCCGCAGGAACCAGACAGGGAGAGUGCUGUUAUUGGGACUGUGGACCAAACCAGAGUGAAACAACAGGGCCGGCAAACAGAAGGACAGAUAGGGGAGAGGAUGAAUAUAAUUCGCAGCUUCAGAGUGAUGAGGAGGAUCUUGAGCUUCCCUUGCCACUAAGAUCUGAUGAUGAGUGGCAACACUACAGUCCCUUUGUACCUCCUCAACACUGCAUGCACAACUAUGACCCUCAUCAUACUAUGGGUGUCAGGUAUUAUCACUCAGCAGGAGAAGGGCAGUACAACUUCAAUCCAGUCAAUAGAUACCCAUCUCAGCCAUGUCACCACUCUGCUUCCUGCCAGCACAGAGGACCCUGGGAUGAGCCUCAAAACUGGUUUGGAUGUCAUAACAAUUUUACAAAUAACCCCGUGGGAAGCGUCUCAGUUAAUGUGCCUCACUUCUUCACCCCACCUGUGGAGGGUGUGUCACAGGUCAGUGUGAUGAACCUGAGCUCAGCAGGAGCUGAGGCGUCUGUCUCACAUCCACAUGAGAAAAGAAGAACCAUCAGCCUGCCUGAUGUGUGUCGAAACAUUUUUAUAACUCAUUCUUCGGACCUUUCUUCAGAGAUAGUCCCUUUCGUAGACUUCCUGUCAAAGCAAGGAUUUCGACCAGCUACUGACAUAUUUGACAACCCCAUCAGACGUAUGGAUAUCAACAAGUGGAAGGACAGUUACCUGAAAGAUCCUGCAACCCUAAUUAUCGUUGCCAUCAGUCCAAAGUACAAGGCGGACAUUGAAGGAUCUGUAGUGGAUAACCAUGGUCUACACACUAGAUAUAUUCACUCCAUGAUGCAGAAUGAAUACAUACAGCAAGGCAGCUUGAACUUCAGAUUCAUACCGGUUCUCUUCUUCAAUGCAUCCCAGAAACACGUCCCAAGUUGGCUUCAGAACACACGUGUUUACAGCUGGCCGCGGGACACCGAGGAUUUAUUACUGCGGCUGCUCAGGGAGGAGCGAUAUAUUCCUCCUCCUGUACCUAUGGAGCCCACCCUCCUCAUUAGGCCGGUUGCCCCCAGCUCUGCAGCUACACAGUAACUUUAGACACAUCUAGCUUGGCUCUUUCCCUCCCCUGCGUUGCCUCGCUUUGCUCCACCGUUCCCCAGACCCCCCUCUGCAAUGCUGCCGUACUGGCAGCUCCAAAUUCCCCAACAGCAGUAAAUCUUUCUAUUUUCUAUGCAUAUGUGUUCUGUUUGAUGAUGUAAACAUCGUGCAGCUUGUGUAUUUUACCAUCUCAGAACUGAUCCAGUCUAAAUCACUAACAGCUUAUGUUCUAAGUAUGUAUGUACUGUACAGUUGUUUUCAAAUGUUUCAAUAAAGUGUGUAGGUUAGUCCACCACUUUG